AUGAAUUUCCCUAAACCCGGAAACUACUGGUUCAUAUUCCCAUGGAUAGCUUUCAUACCAUGGUACGGUAUGCUUAUUACAAUGCUGAUUUGCUGGGCUGCUCAGGGCCAUCCAAUCUACUGGUUCAUGCACACGGAACAGUUCCCCGUAUACAUCUCCGAUAUAGGUGCCACCAACUUGCGUCCCCUCUUCAUUGCCUGUGCCGGUUGGCAGGGAAUAGGAUACGUCCUCACUGUCCUCCUAGAGUACUUACAAAGAUCAGGUCUUAUUAAAGUUCGUAAGGAGAGAUGGUACGGUAUGACCCCCUGGUUUACCAAGGAUGAAAGAAAUCUCAUUUGGAGUGCGCUGGUCCUGGGUUGCAUUGGCGAAUUAGGACUAUUAUUCUGCUCAAUUUUUUCUACUGCUAGAUAUCAUCGUGUCCAUACAGCAAUGGUGGCUAUAUUCUGCGCAUUCAUGCUGCUUUCCAUUAUAUGCCUCACAGCAGAAUAUUUUCUCAUGGAGAGACAUUAUGCUCUCUUACACCCUCGUUAUAGAGCUUCUUUGAAUGACGAGGAGAAGGCUGUACAGAUCGACGAAUUGAAAUGGUGGCAAUGGAGAGGGUAUAAGUGUAAUAAGUUUGUCAUUAGUGCAUGGUUUAAGACCUUUUGGAUGGUCGCUGCCAUCAUAUGGGCCAUCUGUUUUGGUGCCAUUUCGGAUAACUCCAAGAGUGCUUGCUUUGAAUGGUUAUUGGCUUUUUGGUUCGGUGUCAUCUUUAUCAUAUUGUCAGUGGAUUUCUAUCUUGGGAGCACGUGGAAGACGUCCAAAUAUUUCAAUAAGAUUGAUGAUUUUAAUGGAUAUUAUAAGUAUAGAAACUUCCCCUAUGAUAACGCUCACGAAUUGAAUUUAGAGAAAGAAUUUAAAGUGUAUCAUGUCGCAGCAUCUGUACCAUCAGAGUCCUCUUCUUCUUCUGUACCAACACCUCCAUUAGCACCAACAUCUCCCGGUGAUGGUAGCGGUGAAAUUUUACAUCCAAAUUUUCAACAAAAUAAUAACGACAACGAUAGUGACAAUUUACCCAUGGUUGCGUAA